UCCAAGCCUUCUGGUUGAAAUUUCUCUGGACCAAGCAAGGCAUCAGCUAGCACAUGGCUUGCUGAGGGCUGUGGCUGUGAGCAGGUCUUCAGGAAAGUCAGGGAGGAGGAGCUGGAGUGUGGCUGUGGCCUGUGGUCUGGAAGACAGAGAGAGGAUGAGGCUGACUGAAGAACCAGCUGGGCCAGACUCUGAAGGCUGCAGAGGCACAAGUGCAGAGGAGGAUGCCAAGUGGCUUCAGUGGGUGACACAGCAGUUCAAGAACAUUGCCGGAAAAGACAGGCAGAUCAACCUACAAGAAUUCAAAAGAGCACUGAAUGUGAAAGAGUCCUUCUUUGCAGAGCGGUUCUUUACCCUGUUUGACUUGGAUGGAAAUGGCACCAUCACCCUGGAGGAGCUGCAGGAGGCGCUCACCCUGCUCACCCGCGGCCACCCCAUGGACAAACUCAAAUUCCUCUUCCAGGUGUACGACGUGGAUGGCAACGGCUCCAUCGACCCCGACGAGCUGCGCACUGUGCUGCUGUCGUGCCUGCGCGAGAGCGCCAUCUCGCUGCCGGAGGAGAAGCUGGACCAGCUGACGCUGGCGCUCUUCCAGUCCGCGGACAAGGACUGCAGCGGUGCCAUCACCUUCGACGAACUCCGUGACGAGCUGCAGCAGUUCCCCGGCGUCAUGGAGAACCUGACCAUCAGUGCUGCCUGCUGGCUGACACCACCUGCCAACCGUCGUCCUCUGCACAGGCCACGCCCACUGACAGCUGCCUACUGGCACAACCACCGCAACCAGCUGCUCUGCCUGGCCACCUACACUGGCCUCCAAGUGCUGCUCUUUGUGCUGGCAGCCAAUGCACACCGGGCCCUUGGUGCCAACAUCAUGGUGGCCAAAGGCUGUGGCCAGUGCCUCAACUUCAACUGCAGCUUCAUUGCGGUGCUGAUGCUCAGGCGCUGCCUUACGUGGCUACGAGCCACGUGGCUGACUCAGGUCCUGCCCCUGGACUACGUUAUCCAGUUUCACCAGCUCAUGGGCUACAUGGUGGUGGGACUAUCCCUUGUGCACACUGUGGCCCACGUUGUAAACUUCGCACUCCUGGCUCAGUCCGGGGCCAGCCCCUUCCAGUUCUGGGAACUGCUGCUCACCACGUGGCCUGGCAUCGGCUGGGUGCACGGCUCAGCCUCCCCGACGGGCGUUGCACUGCUGCUGCUGCUGCUGCUCAUGGUCAUCUGCUCCAGCCCCUGCGUCCGCAGGAGCGGCCACUUCCAGGUAUUCUACUGGACCCACCUGUCCUACCUGCUCCUGUGGAUCCUUCUCAUCCUGCAUGGGCCUAACUUCUGGAAGUGGCUUCUGGUCCCCGGCAUCUUGUUCCUCCUAGAGAAGGCCAUGGGGCUGAUCAAGUCCCGCAUGGCCCCCCUGAGUAUUGUGGAAGUCAACCUCCUCCCCUCCAAGGUCACUCAUCUCAUCAUCCAGCGGCCCCCUCUCUUCCACUAUAGGCCUGGGGACUACUUGUACUUGAACAUCCCCACCAUCGCUCGCUAUGAGUGGCACCCCUUCACCAUCAGCAGUGCUCCAGAGCAGAAAGACACCAUCGAGCUCCACAUCCGGUCCCAAGGCCAGUGGACAAACAGGCUGUAUGAGUCUUUCAAGGUGUCAGACCCUGUGGGCUGUGAUUCCAAGAGGCUGUCAAGGAGCUUGAGGAUGAGAAGGAGUCAGAGGAGACCCCAGGAUUUGCAACCACAGCCCAGCCACUCCUGUACCUCAGCACAGGAUGCUGAGUCCUCCAGCAAGAAUGUCGCUAUGGAGCUGAUGUCCUACGGGACCGAGGAACUACAGUGCCAGGGGGACAAAGACCAGGACCCCAUAAAGACUGAAGAAGGGACCCCAGCAUGGUGGGGAGCCUCUUCUCAGGGCGGGGAUCUGGCUUCUGAGAUAUCCUCUGAGAACCAUCGAUUCUGCAACAUCAAGUGCUACGUCGAUGGCCCUUAUGGAACCUCCACCCGCAGGAUCUUUGCCUCGGAGCACGCCGUGCUCAUUGGGGCAGGUAUCGGCAUCACCCCCUUUGCCUCCAUCCUGCAGAGCAUCAUGCACAGGCACCAAAAGAGAAAGCACGUUUGCCCCAGCUGCCAGCACUCCUGGAUGGAGGGCCUCCAGGACCACGACAUGAAGCUGCACAAGGUGGAUUUCAUCUGGAUCAACCGAGACCAGAGGUCUUUUGAGUGGAUCUGGUUAGAAAUUCUAGUACGACACUUAAUAGGAGGGGUGGAUUUUAAAGCCAAACCCAAGUGGGCCAAGGCCUCCGAGAAAUGCACAGACUACCCCAAGUGUUCAGAUAUAACUGUGGCUGCUGUUCAGGCCAAGAAGAACCACUCUGGUUCCUGGCACCCAUCUACCCAUACAGAGGUAUAUCAAGAGCCACGACAAGAGCGAAGACCCUGGGAUGUCAGUAGCCUUCAGGAAGACCAAGAAGGUGGCCACACCAAAGAAGGCAUUCAGACCCCAAGGAAGAAGCCCAAAGCCACCUCAGUCAUGAAGGCCAAGAGGAAGCCAGCUGCCACACCAAGAAACCCCAAACCCAAGAUUGUCAAAGCCAUGCCAGUCAGGGUAUCCUAUAAGGACUUUGUGUUGCUGUUCCCUCUGUACCAGAAGGCCAAACCAAUGAAGCCCAAAGCCAAGUCUGGUGCCAUUAAGGGCCAGCCAAGACAAGAGUGUGAGUUCCUAUACCUCUUGGUGUCCCGCCAAGCCCCAGGGUGCAGUAGUGGCCAGCAUCCUGCCCUGUCCCCAACACAGGUGCUAGCCAUUUGGUACCACUCUCUUCUGUCACCUGCAGACCACUUCCUGGAGCUGCACAUGUACAUGACUUCUGCACUAGGCAAGAAUGACAUGAAGGCCAUUGGCCUGCAGAUGGCCCUCGACCUCCUGGCCAAGAAGGAGAAGAAGGACUCUAUUACAGGUCUCCAGACACGCACCCAGCCUGGGCGGCCCGACUGGAGCAAGGUGUUCCAGAAAGUGGCUGCUGCAAAGAAGGGCAAGGUGCAGGUCUUCUUCUGUGGCUCCCCAGCUCUGGCCAAGGUGCUGAAGGGCCACUGUGAGCAGUUUGGCUUCAAGUUCUUCCAAGAGAACUUCUAGCUGCCGCUCUCUGUGAGGCUGUGCCCCAAAUCCACUCCAUCACUGGCUUUGUCAUAGGGGUAUAAGUGCCCCUGUGUGGACCAGCCUCAGACCACCCACCCAGCAGGACAAAGCCCCGGGACCACUGAAUCCUGAUUAACACAAAGCAGGGGGGCCCCAAGGGGCAGACCACAGAACCCAUCUGCUGUGCAUUCUGGGAUUGCAUGAGGCUGAGGAGAUGAGGCUGGAGGCUGGGGUCAUGAGGAGGCAGGAGGGGACCUCAGGACAGCUGCUCCUCCAAAAGUCCUCUGAGGGAGACUUCUGCCUCCCAUAGUGAUCCCCAGCCUACCUACUCAGCCACAACAUCUCAUUAUGCAAUUUUCAAACAUACAGAAAGUUGAAAGGAUCGUGCAGUGCACUGUGCGACCCACCUUCUGACUCCUUGGUUACCAUUUUGCUGUGUUUGCUUUGUCAUGUAUGACCUGUCAGUCCCUCCCUCUACCCACCCACCAAUGUGUCUCCUUCUUCUGAUGUAUUUCACAGUAAGGUACAGAUAUCGACAUAUUUUGCCACUCAGAGAAACUUAAAAUGUAGAUUCCUUGGUCCCACACCCAGAAGUUCUAAUCUCAAAGGUCUGGGAAUGAAACCUGGAGCAUGUAUCUUCCUAGAAUCCAGUCCCACGGGGAGAGUGGGAGGGUAUAUUUCCCCACCUCUCUGAAUCUUUGCCUUCCCCCCUCGUUCCCUCCCCCUUCCUCUCUCUCCUGGCAUGUGCCACAGUGUCCCUCCUUGCCGCACACUCUGGCCCUUCUCUUCUCUCUGACCACUGACCAUUAGAGAGGGAAGAUGGAGACACCCUCCUGUGUGCCUCUGUGGGAUCAUGAAACAGAUGGGGACACAGAGCGCUCAGCUCAGCCACCCCAGCUGUGCGGCCAUGGCAACCUCUCCAUGUCUGUGUCUUCCUCCAUGAAAUGAGCUGAUGACAUGUGCAGGUGACAGCUGUGACGGUGAAGGUGGACUGGGAGUGAGCCUGGCGGGAGACCUUUGCUGGGGCCUUUCCACCAGGUCAUGCUGCGUUACCUGCAAGCCUGGGCGGGCACUUGACCGACGGACCAAUCUCAGACCUCGGCUUUGCCAUCCUGAGGCCACACACGGUUUGAACCCAUUUCCUUCUGUGAAGUCUGCUCUGGCCCUCUGCACUGGGCCUGGGAAGGCUGAAAGGAAACCCUGUCACUAUCUGGGACUCAGAAGUAUUUGAAAGAGAGUGGCCCAGCUUGAGACUGGAGCAUGUAGAGGAUGUACCAAAGUCAUUUGAAGUCUUGGCAGCAUCACUUUAACACAGAAUUACACACACACACACACACACACACACACACACACACACACACACACACCACUGUUUUAUAUUUUGUCCUGUCUCAGAACACACUUGAGCUGCAGAACUCAGUCAUUUUCUCUCUUAGAGCAGAUUUCCACUUGGCACAAACACACAUUUGCACACAGCCAGCUGUUUGAGUACUUUUUGGGGGGUAGUGGUGGGAGCAGGUGGAAGAACCUUAAACAAGAUUGUAAAUUCCCUUGGCCGAGUGAUGAUGUGCCUGUGUUCUGUAUUCUUUCCAGCCAGACUCCAGUUGCCCACGAGGGGGCGCUGCAGAAUCAGAGAUCUCAGGAGGGUCUGUUGUGCAGGAAAGGGAGACUGGUUCCUGUGAGGAAAUCAAAGGAAAGAGCAGGAAGGACCCCACCCCACUGCAAAGCUCCCCUCUCAGGACCACGCCUCUAGGCUCAGUCUCAGGCAGCACCGUGAAGUCAGUAGAGAGAGUUCAUUUUCAAGAUCAGUUUCUGUCGCUCCUGGCACCUCACUCUGUCCCUGCCUCCCCCACCACCCCCACCACCCCCCUCCACCUGCUCCCGCUGUUCAGUUCUGUGCUUUCCUCUUUUCUCCUCCCAACAGAGUGUCCACCUGCAAGGUUGAGUGGAGUUGAACAGGUCUGGCUUGGGGACAACUCAUACAUAGGUCCAGGCUCUGCCCUCAGUGAACAUAGGAACUUAGGUGGCAAGUUCAAAUAUACCAGUGGCCAGCAGGCUGAGCGUGUCCACCUGGAUGUUUCCCAGGUGACCAGAAGGGUGCCAUCCCGGUGUCAACAAGAAACAAAUGCAUCCUUAUAGCCAACUGACUUUUCUUCUUUCAGCCAGAUGUCGGCAAUGCUGAGACACAUCUGGGCCCAAGAUAGAUAAGGCUGACACAGAGAGGAGGGAGGGAGCACCAGCUAACUGCAGGUAAAGGGAGGCAUAUGGAAGGGCACACCUGACCUCCUCCAUCAGGCUGGGAGCUCCCGGAGGUCAGGCCUGUGGCCCCCAAAUCAAGCACAAAGAGAGAAUGAAUGGGCCUGAAGUGGGUGUCAGUUCCCAUCAGGGCAAGGGAGGGAUGAGAUGGAAUUGUCUUCUGCAUCUAAUUGUCAUUUGUAAUUUGGGGAACAAAAGUGCACACACAAGCUGCCUGAAUGUCUUUGCCAGCUGUUCUGCUGUGACCACACUCUGACAGCCAGGAAGGUUUUAGAGAAACAAAUGAUUAGCUGGACCUGCCCUGCCCGCCCAGCACAAGUGCAGUCUAUUAAUACACUGAGAGCCUGGGGCAUUUGUGGGAGGGGAGGGGGACAUGGGCCAUAUUGCAAAGUGUCACCAGCUUUGUAGACAAGGUCCAGAGUAGGGAGAGAUUAGAGGCACCAGCUGAGGCUGGCUCUGGGCAAAACCUUUCAUGUACGCAGUGAAAAAACCACUGCUUUCGGGAAGUCGGAACACGGCUUCUGCUUUUGCUAGUGCUGCGCGACCUUGGAUAUAUCAUUUGGCCUCUCUGAGCUCUCGUUUUUUUGUCUAUGAAGUGACCACAUUAAGGACACAUGUGUUUAAAUGCUUGUACAUGCAUAGGCAUCCCUAAAAGGACACAAAAAUACUUCUCUUUGCUCUGUGGGGUGGGAGUGGAGAGACAGGAAGGAAAGGACUUUUACUUUUGAUUUUUGUUUUGUUUUACUUUUUACCCUUCUAUGAAGUUUGAGGUUUUUAUGAUAAGGGUAUGUUGUUUCAAUUUUGAAAAGAAACCUCAAAUAGAAUGUCAUGUAGAAGCAAAAAAAAAAAAAGUAUCAAGAAUUUGAUCUGAUCCUAUGCAUACAAUGAAAAAUAAAUAAUG